AGAGUCCAAGCAAUUGUAUCCAUUGUGUAUACGUACGCGAACGCGCAUCAAGAAGCGCAUCAUAUCCGACUGCUUCUUCUUCUGAAGUUCCUCGACAUAUUUAAGGGCACCCAUCUGAGCGGCUGUUAGUAUUGCGGUCGUGGUGAAUUCGAUCGUUCGGUGUGGUGUUCGCUCGACUGAUCGACUCGUUCGUAUGGGAGACUCACUUUGUCUGGUCCUGGUGUUAGUAGGGUCGUUGACGUUGGAAGUUGACGAGGUGCAAAAUCGAAGAGACUCAGAUUUCGCACCUGCUAAGCGAGGUGGGUGGAAGGCGCUAAAGAGCAAUCUUGGCAAAAUAGACCCACUCAGCGGAAGAGCUUGCACUAAGUCUGAGUACGACCAACACAAUGCUGAGCAAGUCUGCAAAAUAACAAGAGGUGUUCGAUUUUUUUGCGAGGAAGAUAGCAGAGGUCUUGUGCUCUCCUUCUUCGACGGAUCCUAGUCAGUCUUGAGUCACCGAUCGUCUGCGAUAACGUGCAAGUAGUCCAAUGCAUAAAGGAACCGCUGUGACCUUCCUUUGCCAG